AUGUCCCGAAAACGUGUGAAUACGUCAGGUUCGAAGCUAACGGGAAGGUCCACGAAAUCUUCUAUCGAUACCUUCUCAGGAAUGUGUUCUGAUCACGAACUGGAAAUAUUAAAUUUGUACUGUCGAACUUGUGAUAAAUUAGUAUGUACUGACUGUGUCCUUAAAAAGCACAAAUCUCACGACUGGUGCAAAGUCAGAGACAUUGCAGACGAGAAACGUGCCGCGCUUUCAAAGAACACAAAGCUGGUUCACGAGAAGACCCUUCCCAAGAUGAACCACACCCUACAGGAUGUUGAACAUAUCGCUAAAGAAAACCAAAGGAAAAAGACCGAAACACAACGAAAUAUCGAAAAGCAAAGCACUGCAAUUUUGACGAACGUUAGGAAGAUGGAGACGAAGCUUAAGGAGGCGCUAGAACAGAGUUUUCAGUCAUUUAUAGAGGCGGAAAGGGAGCUUCGUGAAGACUUCAGGGAUUUGUCUGGUUUGACAAAAGAGUGUGAGAAAAUCUUACAGAGAGGAACCGAUUCCGAGGUGAUCACAGCGAACUGUAAGCUGGAAAGGUACAUCAAACAAGUACAUGAACUAGACAUUGAGACAUUCAAAAGUGAUUCCUCCUUUCAAAUAGGGAAAAUCGACACUGAAACGUUAGAGAACAUGUUUGGACAAGUCAGUCUCGUCCGACGACAAGGAAAGACUAAUCCCGAAUACAUUCCAAAAAUUGCUAUUGGCGAGAGGAAGGCAUUCUCAUACACCAAAAUACAGGACGAUAUAAGCUCCAUUUGCUCUUUAGGGAAUCGAAUAUGGCUUCAUCCUCGAGGUUCAACAGAGAAUUUUGCUCUGGAUCAUAAUGGAAAUCUUGCAAGUGUAAAAGAUUUCGGUGUAGUUGUGUCGUAUGGUUUUGCAAAAUCACAAGAUGGGUGUCUCUUAUGUGUGGAUUUUGUUGGUAAGGUGAUUUUAAAGCUCUCUGGAGACAGAACACUGUCAAAAGUCAUCAACACCGACCCUUUGAAGCCUUUGUCUAUCUGCAUGACCCGUGAAGGUCAAUAUCUUGCUUGUCUAGAAGACAGCACAACCACUAACAGUCAUACUAAGACAAGCCAUUGUAGGGUAUUUAGACUUUCUAUAAGCGGUCGUAUCAUCCAGAGCAUCGGGUCCAGACUUUUUAACAUGCCAAGAAAAGUUGUGGAGAACGCUAACACCGAUAUCUGCGUGAUUGACAGAAUGCCCGACCAGAACAGCCGACUGUGUGUUCUUUCGUCCGGUGGUGUUCUAAAAUUCGAGAUCUCCACUAAAUCUCCCUGGGACGUUUGCUGUGAUCAGUACUCCAAUAUAAUCGUCAUCAGUCGCCAUUGCUCUGACGUCACGAUUCUCGAUAAGAAUGGACUUCCUUUGGAGACGUUUUUAGCCGCAGAUACUUUUAAAAGUGCAUUGUCUGUUAGCAUGGACAGUAACUCAAUAUGGGUUGGAGGAACCAAUGGAUGUGUUGCCGAAAUAGAAUUCACAUACAGCUGA